AUGAACGAAAUGCUGCACAAAGUGGACUUACAGAGGAUGAAAGAAGAGCAAAUGUUGAUGAACGAGGUCAAUUUGAACAGCACCCAUCCGUUCGUUUUCAUACAAGAAAAAUGCGCCACUCAAUCCAACUUUAUUCACAUUUCUAUUCGUGCGGCCGGCAUUUUUCGCGGAUUUCGCUCUUUCGCCUUCGCCGCUGAUAGCCGCCGAUCGCCGCCCAAAAACCGCACUUCUCAUUUUUCGCUUUCUUGACCGUUUUCAGACAGAAUUGAUUUUGAGAAUGAUAAAUCACGUAAAUACAAGCAUUUUGAGCGCUCGAACCGCGAAAACUACCGAAAAGCAACUGAAAUUCACGCAGUUUUAGCCAAAAACCUUCAAACGGAUAAAUGUGAUUUGCGACUUGACCAAUAUUGACGCUCUAGCGCUUAAAAAAUUUGUAAUAGCCUAUACAAUUGGUCUAUCGAGAGACAAAUGAGAAAUUAUCGGUUUUUAGUGGCUAAUCUGGCAAAAAACACAAAUUUUGCUGUUAAAAUUUGAAUUUCGCGCCAAUGUUGCGCUCUAUUGGGCGGAGCGCACUUGCGCGCCCAUUGUCACCUCUGGAGACCGUGCGCGCUCCAUUGAAAAUCUGGUAAUUUUCGGCAGUGUGCCAAUCAAAUCCUUGCCGUCCCCUUGCCGAUUCAUGCUAUCGACAAAUUUGCCGUUUCCGGAGAUAUUCUGAUUCAUUUUACUCGUUCUCUUUAUGAAUGUGUUUGUUGUGAUCAAAACUAGCAAAGAGCAACAAAAAACUCGCAAGAAUUCCUGAGGUUCAGCACGAAACAGCUUUUUUUCGAAGUAUGGCUGCUCGUGCGUGCUUUUUGUGUCUCUUUGUUAGUUUACGUCGUAAUGAACGCAUUUCUAUUCUUCCGACGGCACGCAUCUAAAGUUUUGGCGCGCGCCGGCGAAACGCCUUCGCCUUUGUACACUCGGCACUGUGCCAGCCAACACAAAUCGACCGCCGAAUUUGAAAAAUGUUCUCCAAGCAGUUUCAGACCAAACAAACUUUAAACAAUAUUUGUUGCAGUAUUCUCAAAACGGGCGCCACUUUCGAGACGGCCUCCGACGGGUGUCUGUUCGACCGAGUUUACACGAAUCUGUGCGUAGACGUGUCUCCGACGACCCUGGCUCCGAGCACCGAAGUUCCGCACGAAUUCAAUCCCAGAAAAUACUCAAAGGCCGUUUCGAACUUUCAUUUCAUUAUGCCAAUUGUCUCGCUGAUUCUUGCAUUGUAAAUGAAGAUUCAAAUAUUAGGAAAAAAAUUCCAAGCAUUGAUCGUCUAUUGAAAAUUUGAAAAAAAAUUUGUCCAUUUGUUGAAACAUUGUUUUUUUCUGGAAAAAAACGUGACCAAAGCCUUUCCGUUCUUUUUCAGAAAUGUCCGCGUGAAACGAGAUUAUUCGCGCCGAAGCCUCGGGUUAUUCUCACAAAACGAAAAUUAUUUUCUCAUCGAUCAUCGUCUGAUUUUUUUGGCCAGCUCUGGAAGUACGACUACGUUAUUUUUUUCAGUACAAUUCGCUUAGAAAUCAUGUCAACAAAGCCAAAAAACAAACCGACCGGCCGUCGAAAGAACAAGGUUCGAGGUUCUAGAAAUUUAAGGUAAUUCAGCAAAAAAAUUACAGCCAUCAGCAGCGGGACCCGGUGACCGCUCGGGAAACAGCAUGCGCAAGGUAUUUCUUGAACAUUUUCGGCGUUUUUUUUUCAAAAAACAAACUAUUUUCAGCCAUCAGCACUCGGAGCUUCGGGGAACAGCAUGCGCAAGGUAAGGAUUUUUUUGUAAUUUUUAAACGAAUUUGAACCAGCUUUUCGAAAAAAUUGCUUUAAAUUUUCAGCCUUCGAAAGAUAAAAACCCGGAACUUUCGUCAAACAGCUCACGCAGUCAGAACAAGAAGCAAGAUGUGAGUUUGCUUUUCAAAAACGAAAAUUUCGCCAUCAAAACCCCGUUUUCUUUCCAGUCGCCCUCGUUAUUCGGCCGUUCGCUCAUGAAAAAGAUGUCGCAGGAGCCGUCGGGCAACAGCAAAAACACGGCACGCAGUCUGCAGAAGGCGCCGAAAAAGGAGACGCCAGAGAACUCGACGCGCAAGAAGAAAGAGGAGCAGGAGCAGAAGCACGUGUUCGCCGUCGGCGACUCCAUCGACGGAAUCAACGUCUACAAAGUGGUCUCGGCGCUUCAUCGAUCGCCAAAACCGUCGGAAGUGGAUGUUUACGCGGUGAAGGACGAGAACGGCGAGGAGGUGCGCAUGAAGGUUUCGAAUCUGGCGGCGUUCCAACUCAAGAAGGAGGCCGUCAUUCUGCAAAAGCUGCUCAGACACAGCUCCGGAGACGGCGAACGGUCUUUUGUGACGAUGCUCGAGUACGGAACGACCCCCAAGUGCGAGUUUCUCAUCUGCACCCCAUUCGGCACCACUCUCCAAGAGGUCAUGAAGAACACGAUGAAUGGCGCCUCGUUCUCUCUGGACUGUGCUAUCGCUGUCGGACUUCAAAUGCUCAAGGGGAUAAAAGACUUGCACGCGAUCGGCUGGUUGCACCGAAACAUCCGUCCGGCCGCAUUCCACGUGGGGCUGGGCGCCGAGGAGACGUCGAUCUUUUUGCAAGACUUUCGCAACGUUCGAAAGUACGAGGAGGCGAAAAAAGUGAUUCCCGCGGAGACGACGGUCCGCAUCGACGCGACCGCCCGCUACGGACCGCGAUGUGUGUUGAGCCAGAAGGAUUUGGGCAGAAAGGACGAUUUGGAGUCGUGGUUGUACUCGGUACUUUCUCUUGAAACGUUAUUUCCGACAACAAUACCGAAAAUGUUGCAGCUGUAUUACAUGAUUGACGCGGCGACGAUUGACUGGAAAAGGGACACGAGCAUUCAGUGGUUGAGCAUAGCCAAAGAGGCUUUCAUGAAGAAUGGUGCGUUUUGCAAACUCCAAAAAAAAAAUUCAAAUUUUUCAGAAGGACCCCACCAGUACACCAAAGUGCCACGUGCACUCGCCGCCGCGGUCACCCUCAUCGCCGGCUACGACUUUGCCGCCGAGCCCGAUUACGAUAGAAUUCGCAAAAUUUUAACGGAUGUGCAAACCGAACUGAAAUUGAAUGCGAGCGCGUGCGACUGGAAAGGAAAACCGAAUUUGCAAGAGAUUACCGGAGAUACGGUAGGAUUUAAAGAAGACGAGACUCGAGAUUAACCACGAUCUUUUUCUCUAGCAACGCAGCUUUGAUAACGUGUUGACGGGCGGACCGGAGAACAAGGAACAAUCGAAACGGGACGAGAACAAGACGAGAGACUUGCGCAAGAAAUUGAUGCCCGGAGACGUGAUUCAGAGUCAGGCGGACUCGAAAACGGCGUAAGUUACUAUGCUUAAUCUCGAGAUUAAUUGUGACCUAUUCUGUAGGUGGCGCGUGGUCAACCUGCUCGGCUCGGGCGGCUUCGGCGACGUCUACAAAGUGCACCGCAACGAAGGAUCGAGCUCGAAGUGCUACGCGCUCAAAACCGAACGCGAGGGCGACAAGCGCUUUAUGCGUCUGAAAAUCGAGGUGGCGGUGAUGAUGAAGACGGCCGAGAAGAAGAAACAGGGCCUCUUCGAGAACUUUGUCGAAUUUGUCGAUCGUGGAAAGUGCGAGGAGUUAAAGUGCAAGGUGGGAGCAGAGUGCCGCACAUAAAGUCGAUAAUCUCGGGUACUUCUCGUGGUCAGCAAAAUUUGGGACUAGGGAAACAGAAGUUCACGAUACCCUUAACGAAACCCAAUUUUCGAAACGUUCCGAAUUUUUUGCAGUACGUGGUGAUGGGGCUGGUGGGUCGGUCGUUGUACGACGUCCGCAACAAGUACAUGAUAGCGCUCUCGCCGUCGACGUGCUUCAACAUUGCCAUCCAAACGGUCGCCUCGGUCCGCGACCUCCACUCGAUCGGCUAUCUCCACCGCGACAUCAAACCCGGCAACUUUGCGGUCGGGCUGGGCGAGCACGAAUCGACAAUCUUCAUGCUCGACUUUGGAAUCGCGAAGCUCUACCUAGACGCGAACGGCAAUCACAAGGUGAGGCGACGGAAGGUGAACUUCAUCGGCACGUUCCAAUUCGCGUCGCGCGCCUGCAUGGAAAUGCAAGAGCAGGGACGGAAGGACGAUUUGGAGACGUGGCUCUACAUGGUCUACGAGCUAUUCAGAGAGGCGGCAAACAAAAUCAACGAGAGCUACGGCCUUCCGUGGAGGCUCCGCGAAGAGCCCGAUGAGAUUUUGGAGGCGAAAAAGAACUUUUUCCAUAUGUCGUGUGAGUUGAAUUUCAAAACACUGAAAUCUUUGCCGGAGCAAUUUUGAGCUCGCAAAAUAUGUUUUCCGGCUUAUAACACCUAAAUCCAAGUGUCUAAAAACGUGCACUGAAAAACUGUGUUUGCAGUCGACAGAGCGCCGCGCGUUCCGAAGCACCUGAGGCGGAUGGGACCGCUCGUCUCGUACAUAGACGGACUGGCUCACGAGCAGACGCCCGACUACCAGUACAUUGAGAAGUUUCUCAAGAAGACGGCCAGCGAUUUCAACGUGAAGUUGGACAAGAAAAUGGAUUGGGUGGGAAGACUCGGAAAGCCGCCGCCGCCGGGCAUCCUCUAA